CCGAAACCCUCAGCUCUCUCCAUGCCAACGUUUCAAACAGCAAGUGAAAGUAAACCCAGAGGAGAAAAGUAACGGUUGUCAAGCUCUGCUCUUCGCUGAUAUUCUGCAAGCAUGCCUGAACACUCUGGAAUGCUCCAUCCCUCUGCUAAAAUCAGGGAAAGCAUCUCUAGGCACGUAUGGAUCAAAUUAACAGGCCCUGCAGCUGGAUCUCUCACAGAAGCUUUCUGUCAAAAUGUAGCAGGUUUGCAGGAAAACGUGAGCGCUAAAGUGUUAACACUACGAGAAGCACAGAAAGAUGACAUGACAGUGCCACCAACAAUGAUUGUCAUGGAAGGAAAAGCAGCUGGGGCUCAAAAGUACAUCAAAGUGGAAAAAUUGUACAGGAUUGUCCUACUGGGAAACAGUGAAGCUGUAAAAAGUAGCCUAGCAAAUGCCAUAUUUGGACAAGACAUGUUUAGGGUUGACAACACUGAAUGUCAAACUGAGUCCAAAUCUGUCCAUGGAAGAAGGAUUACCCUGAUCAACACUCCUGAUUUACUUUGCACAAAUAGAUCAGAGGAGGAGCUGAAGCCUGAAAUACUGAGGUGUAUCACUGAGUGCACUCCAGGGCCUCAUGCUUUUCUCAUUGUGCUCAAAGUGGAGAAAUCCACAGAACAGCAGCAGCAGGCUUUCAUUGAGAAAAUAAGCCAGUAUUUCUCAGAGGAAGUUUUUAAAUAUGCUACAGUUGUCUUUACUCAGGAUAGCCCAGACUCAGAUGAAAUGAAGAUCAAACAAUUCAUAGAUCAGAAUAAAUAUCUGAGUGAUCUGAUGAGGAAGUGCAAGAGCCGAUACCACAUCAUUAAUAAAUGCAACCUAAAGGGUGACAACCUCAGCAGCCAGUCCCAGGUUACAGAGCUGCUCAACACAAUAGACCAGAUAGUUAAACAAAACAAAGGAGUGUGCUACACCAGCAGGAAGUUGCAGUGCGGAGACACCUGCAGUAACAACAGUGUCUCUAAGAAUGACAUGAUCAAACUUACAGGCCCUGCAUCAGAAUCAGUGGCAAAGGCUUUCUCUGGGUCAGCUGUUGUAGUUUUAACUCCCGGAUCAGAUGUAGAAGAGGAAAUAGAAAAAGAAGACGCUAAAGAAGAACUGCUUGGCAUCACUGAAGGCCUGCACCGCUACCUGCAGGGAGAAAGGCUAGACAUGGGCAAAGCUGUGGAGUACAAGAUGUCGGUAGCUGAUACACUAAGUAAACUGCGCACAGAGGCUGCUGCUGAGGAAAUAUUUGAGAAGGCCAUGGACAUUUGUGGAAGCUACAACAUCCAGAUUCAUCAGGGGGCACGACACAAACAGAAAAGACUUGAAGGAUUUGUACUUGAGUCCAGGUGUGGUGCAACACCAAAUCUCACAAGCUCUGCAGAGUUUAGGUACGAGAUAUUCUUUCCUUGUUUGGACCGAAUGUUGCAGGAGCUAGCAGACAGAUUUUCUGGGGCAGGACAGAAAAUAAUGGAGAGCAUUCAGGCAUGCAAUCCAUCCUCCCCAACAUUCCUUUCCGAAGAUGCCUUAAAACCCAUUGCGGCACACUACCAUGUGACGAUAAAGCCUGAAGAACUUGUUGUGGCAAAAAACCUCAUGAAAAGAAAAAUGGAAAAAGAGGACAUUUGCGACAUCACAACUGCCUUCCACUUGCUUGACGAGGACAUGUUCGCAACUCUGAAGGUCAUCUUUAGAAUUGCACUAACCAUUCCUGUCAGUAGCUGCAGCUGUGAGCGCUCUUUUAGUGCCUUGCGUCGUCUCCACAUGUGGCUAAGGAGAACCAUGGGACAAGAGAGGCUGAAUGAUUUGGCCAUAUUAUCUAUUGAAAAUGAGUACUUGGAUAAUGUUGACCCUGAAAAUGUCAUUGAUAGGUUUGCAAAACUCAAGCCUCGAAGAUACAAUCUCAUGUUACCACAAUAA